AUGGUCAGGGCAGGUGUAACGAACAUUGAAACUGAAAUGCACACAAAUGAACCAAUAUCAAAUGAAUUGAAGGAUGAAAGUUCAUUAGCACGACAACUGACAGAACAGCAUACCAUAUCAACAGUGUAUCGACCUGUUUCUCGCCGAAAGCGAUGUCGCCGACAAUCUAAACGGUCAAAAAAAUCUAAAUUGCGAAAGAAAAUGCAACAUAAACGAAUGAUGCCAUCAACACCAAAACCAAGUCAAGAUCCAUCACUUGUACACAUCGGUAGCACAACGAACGAUUCAUUGGAUGAUAUCAGGGGCGAAGAGUACAAGUUUUCAUCAAAAGAAAUCUACGAGCAGGAAAAAAUCGAUGUAAUGGACCGCGAACACCAAUGGACACAACAAUCGUUGGAUGAUUUCGAAAACUUCAAUGAAUUGGAAGAAAUUGUCCGGUUGCAUGAGGAAACUGAACGAGUCGACGAAACGGAAGCUGUUCGUGUAUUUGCGGCUCUACUCGAACAGGAAGCACGUGACCAACACUUCAUGUUGAUGGAAAAUAAAGAAAAUUUUGUCUUUUUAUAUAAUAAUCAAGGAACAAAGUAG